AACCGUGACAUUCCACCCUGAUUGACACGCUCAAACAUCGUGACCAGCUUUUCAUCUCUUCAAGGUAGGUCGAGAUGCGUGUUUUUCGUCGUUUCGAGGCUUCUUUUGUGUCGUCUUUGCCGGCAAUUAACGGCACCAGUGGUCAUUAGCAUCCAUUUUGGUGCAUGAAAGCUAACGUUAAUUACAGACACCGCAGUAAGGUGGUGGACGCUUUGUUUACCAGCAAGCGCUGCUUAAUACAUAUUCGUGGAACUGUAAAAUACAUUAUUUCGACCGUAAACGAUGGUCUGUCGCUGGAUUAUUAUUAAUAGAUUAAAUCCAUCAUGGUCUCCAUGGUAACAUGAAGGUGGGGGAAGACAGCCCCACUUCCUGUUUCAGAAUCACAUAUUUAUGUUCAACGUAGACCCUUUAAUGCACCACUAGGGUAUGUUUACAUUAAGUACGAACAGUGUGUGAAGUAAUGACUUGUAUUAACAUGAAUAAUUUAACAAAUUAAAGGUAGAAUUAGUCGUUUAAUAGAGGAUAAGCGGUAGAAAAUGAACGAAUGAAUAGUCAAUUGUGUCUUGCAAUACUGCUUUAGUCCUCUAGAGAGAGCCAGUACCUUCCUAAUGCAUAUAAGAGUAAUUGUUGGUGUUGAAUGUUUUUUGUAAUAUUUAGAAUUGUAUUAAUUUGACUGUGAAUUUAGCCAUGAUGUGUACACUAGUAACUUUAUUUUUGCUAACAUUAUUUUUAUGAAUUCAGGAGAUGUCGUCCUUGUGGCAGCAGGAAGUGUCAGGUUAUUCGCCCUGCGUGGAGAUCGAUUCAAGUUGUGCGAGAAGGAGCAAUGACAGACUCGGCUCGCCAUCCUGGCUGAAGCAGGAGCACGAUGACGUCCGUAUCAUCAAAUGGGAGAGCUUCCAAGCUGCGACCUCAGCAGAUGUGGUUCAAGACAAUACGCCCAGCAGCGCCAUGUCAACUUCUUCUCACCUUGAGAGCUUGCCUCCGAAGGUCCUGCUGACUAUGACCAGGUUGCAGUGCAUGCUGGAGAGUAAACAAGAACGUAUCGCCGCCUUGGAGCGCCAGGUGGAAGAUCUGAUGCAGGACCGCAAGUUCCUACGGAGUCAAAUUGAGAACCUGACUAGAAGUCGCUCCUUUGCAUCACCUGGUCCCGCCACAGAAGUGUCAAAGGCCAACAAAGGAGCUCACCCAGAGGCUAAAUCUCGAAAAAGAGACAGAGCGUCCUCAAAUUCUUCUGCCAGCGGCGAUAGCGGGUCCGAAGCAUCGGACUCAUCCGUCAUGUCUGCAGCUUCCAGUGAGCUCAGAAGAAAGAAGCACCAUAAGGAGAAGAAGAGGUCCAAGAAAGGCAAAGACUACUGUAGAAAGAGAGCCACCGGGGUGCAGUACGUCAUCCACCGCUACAAGCAGGUGCUCUCCGCUUUCAUCAAAAAGAAGAGCAUGAGCGAAGCCUUUCGCCACCUCUGCAUCGACCGCAACACCAUCGCCAACACGGCCUCCAUCGCCGAGCUCCACCUGGCCGGCAAGGACGUGGCGCCGCUGGUGGGCACGUUUCGCCCCGGCGAGGAAACAUUGGUGAGCUACGCUCAAAGGUGCACGCUGGCCAUCGACAGCGACGCCGAACUCUCGCGCAGGAUCGACCACAUGAAGGCCAACGGUCAGCUGCUGCCCAUCUCGGGGAAAAGGUCCAGGUUGUUGCAUUCUCACCUCCCACCACUCGGGGGAGUCACAGAAAGCAUUUUGAUAGGGUGAUACUAUUUAGUCAUCAUAAUUGCAUUAUAUACCUCGAAGUACUGCUAUUUAAUACCCGCGCAUUUCACUUUGUUUUCCAAUAUUGAAGCCCGGUGUAGUACGUGACAUGGCCAGCAGAUGGCGGUGCAUACACAAUAACACAAUGCUACUCUUUGGCCCUCUGGCCAAGAUGGUGGAUUUCAUGUUGUUUCUUUGUCUGUAUUCGUAGAUGUUUUUUUCUUUACAAACUAUAUAAAUGAAACUUAUUAAUAAAACACAUUAAUGUGAGGUUUUCUAUCUGGUGGAGGGUGCUUGGGUGACAUUCUUUAUUAAUAACUUCCCUGCUGUUUGUUGUUUUUUUUGUUUUUAUUUUUACACAGAUUCAACUUAACCCCCCCCCCCCCCUCCCACACACACACACACACAGCUAUUUGAACAAGCCCACGCACCCCAAUAACCACCCCCACCCCCAUUUGACGUGAACCCAUUCCGUCAUGUCUCAUCUCAUUCUCCAUCUCAGCAGCAUCAGUCGUGAUGGUGGGCGGCGAGGAUGCCUGGCCAGAGGGGACAGGUGCAUGCUGGUCCUAAGAAGAGCGUGUCGUCGGGGGGGCUGAAAUGCAUGAGAAGACGCAACUGUGCUUUUUUUUUUUUUCUUCUUCUUUUUAGGUGAUACACUUCACCUUGUACCGAGGCGACAGGAAGCUGGACUCUUUUCACUCAUAACUGAUCUGAGGCCAGCUGCCAUUUUGUGACUGCAGGUGUUGGACACACAGUCCAGACUCCUACUUGGCAAAAAGAGCAUCUGGACCCCCUCCACAGACACAUUGGAGUCCAAUCAGGCCUCUGGGUGGUGCAAGCAUAGGGUUAGUCGUUAUCUUGUUACAUAAAAGAUUAGUAGGCUUGUCAUGGUGCAACACAGCUCCGACUUGAACUGUUGGUUUUUCUUAAUACUUUGAAAAAUCCCAUAAAAAUCCCAUACAGUAUUUAGAUUAUAUAUGCAUGAAAUACCUCAUGCAACAGUUACUUAGUAGCACAUUGGCUCAUUCCUCCAUUUUAUUAGUUCAAGCAGUUAUUCUUUAUAAAACACUACACAGCGCCUCUUCACCUUAGCAUUGACCUUGUCUGCAGAGAGCUUAAAAAUAACCCCCUCCCCGCCCCAAAAGUGGGUCACCUCUGUACAAAAGCAUCAAGUGGUGCAUUGUGGGUAUUUUUUUUUAAACCCCCCUCUGGUAGAAUUGAGGUGGCGUGUGCGCUAUUCUCACUGCUUUCUCAUUUCAGUUGGACAGCAAGGAGCCUUUGCUAUAUAUCGUUAUGAACCGCCCUUGGAGCACGCAUCCGCUACCCGUCUAGGCGUGGAGGUGUUGUCGUCAGCGGAGGAAUAAAUCAAAGCGGGGAAAUAAUCCUCAUUAAACAGACUUAUCUUGGUAAUUAUAACACAGGAGAGAGUGGCGAUGCUAAUCUGAGAGCAGCAAGUCCGGAGGUGGCGCUUACGCUCCAUCUGGCUGACACUGAUAACAACUUAUCAUAGGAUAGUGGGGGGGUUAGCUGCUGGGUAACCACGGUGAAAAGGAAAAUGGCGUGUGGGGCCGUAAUGUAUUCCACGGGAAACCAGCAAACAUGAUAAAAAAAAAAUUGAAGCCUCCUUUGGUAAAAUUGUGGUGAUAAAGCCACAGUGGAGGUGUGUGGGGAGGCCUGGAGAAACAAGAUGGCGGCUUGACUGAUGAGGCUGUAAAUAUGGGGACGGGGGUGCGACUGUUGGACUGCUUGGACCCCUGCCCACCCCAAUCACACGGCUGUUAGGACCAUCAGAGUGCGGCUCCUGGGAGUCAUCUGUGAGGCGAUGGAGCAGGAAAUGAGCUUGCCUGGCGGAGGUCGUGCUUGACGAGGCCUCGCCGGCGGCCAUUCACUGUGGAGGGGGGAGGAGCCGUGCAGUCUCACUCUCUGUGUUUUACUUUUUUUAAGAUGUAGUACUAUGAGAAACCAAACAGAAUGAAGUAGUAUUUUUCAAAAUAUCAUAAUGUUGAAAUAGUUAAUGAGGAAACACAUCAGAAAUGGAAAUAAGUGUAAUUUUCUAAGAAUAAAGUGAAAAUAUUAAGAUAAAAAGUUGUAAUAAACUCAUCAUGGGCAAAGAUAAUGUAAUUGUAGUACUACAGUGUAUAGUACAUUUAGUAGCACCUACAUCAGAUACAUACAGUAGUUUUGUGCUUGGAAGGAUUAUCUAAAAGUGUGUGACCUCUGCUUCUGUAACAGGAGACGGCUGCGUGAGGUCACGGCCUGCUGCUCCUCCUGACUUCCUUCCCCCUCACCACCACCAACGCCGCCGCCUCUUCUCACCUGUCUAAAAGUUCGGAUGCCAUCGGACUUCCUUUUUAAAAAAUGAAAGCAGUGACUCAAACUGCUGUGCUGUGCCCUGUGGUGCUCCUCUGUCUUCCUGCGCAAGGUGCAACGCCGGAGGGUGGGUCAUCCGGUGUGCUCAUCUUGACCAUGUAAAUGCAUGUCUUAAGUGCCGGGUGCACGCCACAUAGCAACUACUAACCGAAAGUGACGGCCAGACUAGGUGA